AAACUUUUAAAGCUGAUAACAAUACUUGACUUUUUUUUUUUAUUAUUCCGCUCCUAUCUUUUCUUUGUGGUUGUUAGAAUUUAAUGUAACAAUACCAGUCGUGCUUCCAAAUAGAUAGUCGAAGAAAAAAACAGGUACUACAAAACCAAGUCAAAUAGACCCAUUAAUGCAUUUAUUUAUCCAGAUCUGCUGGACCAAGAUCAUUUUAUUUUAUAUGUAUUUUAUAUGUUAAUGGGAAUGGGUGGAAUGAGUAGCAUGUGCACAUCCAUCACAUUGGUGCAGGUUAGGCCAGGUAGAAGUAAGCGCUGCCCAGCAGAAAGACGGGUAAAAAAAGUGUAAGAAUCAUUGUUGGUAAGGAAGUUGUCGACAUCCAGCCCCUGUGCUUGUGCCUCUUCAUAUAACCCCCCAUCAGUGAUGGCCCCUGCUGCCUCAGUGGGUCCAUCCUGACCAUCGGUUCCACCACUGAGGAACACGGGACCAUUAGGCGGAAGCUUCAGGUCUCUCAGCUCCAGUCCCACUCGCAGAGCCAGCUCCUGGUUUCGACCACCUCGACCCUUGCCCGUCAGCGCCACGGUGGGCUCACCUCCAGCUAACAGACACGUGGAACCCCAUCCUUCCGUACGCCCUUCACCUAAGACCUGCAUGGUGCGGCAGAGGUCCCAGCUCUCCACGCCUACUUCAGGCCCCAGCCUCAGCAGCUCAGCCGCAAUCUCUGGAGGAGGUUCCUCUCGAGAACAGGCAAAGCGAGCCAGGAGGCCGUAUAGUCGGGAGACUGACCUCACAUCGCCACACACUCCCGGUGCCAGCACGACAGGGCGGAAACCUAACUCCCGAGCAUGGCGACCUGCCCAUUUGAGGGCAACGCUGUUGGAGCCAAUCACAGUAUUGAGAACACGUCCUGAUGUAUUAGAUUCCCCUUUAUUCUCCCUCCACUUCGGCAUUGGUUUUCCAAGAACUUCCUUUACUGAGGCUGGUAUGCAGUUCAGCAGCUUAUAACGUUCAAGGACUGACAAAACUUCUUCAGGCCACACCUCACUCCACACGGUGGGGCCACUGGCUAUCAAGUCCAGGGGGUCCCCAAUUACAUCGGACAAUAUCAGUGAAACCACCUGUGAAGGAGUGAUUUGAGGGGUGAUAUUCAAAAUACAAUGCUGGAAUGAGUUCCUCACUGCAAUAAAAAGCCAAUUAAGGAAAAGUAUGUUACCUGGGCUGGGUGAGCACAAUGCGCAAGGCCUCCACCCUUUAAAACAGAAAGGGCCCGUCGGAAAGUGUUCAGCUCCUGAAUAGUGGCACCAGCACCUGCAAGUUUGCGGGUCACAUCCUGUUUCUCUUGCAGUGAGACUGGUGGGAUGGGGGCAGGUAAGAGCGCAGAGCCUCCACCUAAACACAGGUUCAUCACCUUGUAUUAGAGAUUUACAUUGAAAAAGGUAUGAAGAGAAACAAAAGAAGAUUCUUACCUGAAAUCAGUACAAGUAGCAGGUCUUUCUCCGUCAGUUCACUGGCUAACUGCUUGAUCCCUUCAGCUGCCUUCUGGGCAUCAAUGUCAGGCAAGUUGUAUUUAGCUCCCUCCAUCACUCUGAUGCGACUGUUUUCUUUUAACAAGAGAUGACUGUGAUGGAAGUGAGAAAUGUUAUUAUGCUGCUUAAUCUUAUUUUUGUAUAAUACUUUAAGUUGUUUACGUACUUUUUUCCAUGCUGCUGUAAUGUCUGCUGAAUCCCAUGUGGCACGCUUAUUACUCCUUUCACCAAAUGAUCCCCCAUAAUCCUCUCUGCCUCAGCAGCCAUUCCUAGUACAGCUUUUCCAAAGCCAACCAAGUGCAGGUUGUGCUCGAGCGUGAAUUUAUGACCACUGAUAAUGACCGAGUCCUCUUUGCGCUCUAUACUCUGCCGGACCACCGUGUCUGGCUGCACAGCUUCCACCGCGGCUGCAAACACCUUGCGUGCACGCGAGUCCAUUGACAUUUUGCACAACAUAGGUUUUCUCCUGCUCACGUGGACCAGAAAAGGCUGAGGUCGAAACAGGGAAAGAACACGGGCCAUGGACAGUUCAGUGGGUCUGAGCCGAAAUUGCCUGAGAAAUUAAAAAGUCAUAGUUUAUACAGACAGUUUCCACACGAACAUGUUCUUUAAAAAAAAAAAAAAAAAAAAGACCACAUUGAAUACAACCAUGGUGUAGUGAAUACUGUAGUAAAACUAUAUCACAGUGAGGUAAUUGCAAAACUUGAAUUACUAGCACGAUGCAUUGAAGAUUAAAAUGCCAGUGACAUUUGCAGCAUUGUAAUAAAUAAAAAUUUCUGUGGCCAGGAAAUCAAUACUUACACUGUAACACUGUAUUAUACUUCCGGUUAAUAAGCUGUACAGUCCUCGCGACUGAUUGGUAGCUCUGAUCUUGCCCGGUUAAAUCUAAAGACUUAAGAAGUACACUAGUGUGUGAUGCUGUUGUAUUCCUAUUCUACUCACUUAAUGAAUAAUGUGUCCAUGUGUUGCUUGUUAGCUCACUUGUAAAGGCUAAAAACUAAGUGCUCAGACUAUUGCCUACCUUUUGUGUUUAAAACAACCAAAACCGUACAUAGACGAUAGCUGUUAUAUCUUAUGACGUAGCCUACCUGUGAAGGUUGCAAAUGGAAUAUAAAGCCUGUGGGUUCCUGUGGAAGCCUGUUCUAUGCCCUCCAGCUCAGCAGUAAGGCAGUGUAGCAGAAAUCUGACCAGAGACUGGAGUUGUGUACCCUGUGUGUAAUGAUUGACUUGAAUGCUCCACAGGACACAUCCAACCACUGAUCACUGAUUACACCGCUGUGCAUUUGUCCGUUGUUUUGUUUUUUUCCCCGGACUGGGGGAACAAAAAAAAAAGAGUAGUAACCUAUCUGACAGACUUUGGAGCUAUUCGUGCUUCAGCACAGUUCAAAGGGUACAAAACCAAAAACUACUUUACAUUGAAGUCAUGUGCACACUGGUUGCAAGUCCUGUUUUCUCUGAGUUGUGAAGACACCUGCGUUCAUAACGUUUGAAAAGGCAUGUAGUGUGCACUGUUUGUUUGUGAGAGCUGAAAGUCGCCUUUUUGCUCCUUUGUAGAAAUAGCAGGUAGACAAGCAAAUUCAAUUUGAUGUAAAAUGUUGGUACUGACCCAAUGGGACUUCAGGUCAUACAGUGUUGGAAAGUUGGUAUUUUUAUGCUUAUUCAGUGAAGAACAACAGAACAAAAGAUAAGUGUGACAUGUCAUCACAUAGAACAGAUUAUUUUGAGGAUGAAGAAUAAAAACUGUUUUGUAAAUUAUCAGAUCAGCACAGCUCCUAAGAAAUAGCACAUUGGUGUUUUAACACUUGUUAAAUUACUUUAAUAAUUAGAGAGUCACUUAACAUUUACUUCUAUUUUAUUGUGCUACACAUGUAUGUCUAUGUGAGUAAUAAUGUUAAAAGGUCAAAAUGGCUGCCAAAGUUUAAUCGAACGUUCCCCCGAAGUGAUUCUAUUUAAAACCGUUGAGACGUUCCAAGCUUUGUUUCCAUGAGCUCGAAUUUGCACAUUACCAUGGUCACCGUCGAUCUUUUGCACAAUUCGAGCAAAUGUCCGCACGCUUGACCUCUCAUACAGGCUGUUGACAACAUUAUACAAGUGAUUUUUAAUAGCAGAGCGGUGGCUGCUGACGUAUGAUGGGAAAGAUAAAUUGUCUAGCAGAUGAUAUGAUAGUGAGAUAAUAUUUCAGAAUUUAUAUUUGCCGAGUGUGUGUGCAAAAUGCAUAUACGACUCUGUUUUUUUGCAUGUCCCUCGAUAUACUUACGCAGAAUAACAGCUGAGUGUCUCCUCUUCUGUAGACCACCUCCUUGAGACGAAGCUGCAGAAGUUUAUUAAAUUUAUUUAUUUUAUCCACGACUCUCCCCUGUGAGCUCCGGAAUCCAACCAGACAAUAACUUGUGUGUACAGGAUAAAAGUAUCACAUUUUGUGACUUCAGGGAUCCGUAUGUUUUUGUUAAUUCCUUAAUGUCGUUUAUGACAUCGGGCCCACUUGUUCAACUAUCGCGAUAACUGCUAUUUCCGACCAACGCGCAUGUCAAACGAUGAGUUGCGCGUCACCGCGGUCGAGGAGGCGGGGCUUGAUUUUCCCUCCCUCCCCCCUCUCCCGUGGAUCAGAAGUAUCGCAGGCGGGCUUUCGUCGCUGUUUUUGAAUUAUACUUCUUUAAAAACAACUGCUGGCACAAUUGUAGUUCAUAUACGUGAAUCUGAAUUAAGUGACAUUUGUAAUCUGAUUUAAAGUAGAACGAGGGCCUGCUUCCCCUCAGACAGACAGGCCACCAUGAAGCUCACGGACAAUGUGCUGCGGAGCUUCAGAGUAGCUAAGGUGUUCCGGGAAAACUCAGACAAAAUUAACUGUUUCGAUUUCAGUUCAAACGGGGAAUCAAUUAUUUCCAGCAGCGACGACGAUUCCUUAGUCCUGUACGACUGCACAGAGGGAAAACCUAAGAGGACUCUCUACAGCAAGAAGUAUGGAGUGGAUCUGAUCCGGUACACACACGCUGCAAACACGGUGGUCUACAGUUCCAACAAAAUCGAUGAUACUAUCAGAUACCUUUCUCUUCAUGACAACAAAUACAUCCGCUACUUUCCUGGCCAUAACAAAAGAGUUACAUCUCUCUCCAUGUCUCCUGUGGACGACAUGUUUAUUUCUGGCUCAUCAGAUAAAACGAUCAGACUUUGGGAUUUGCGGUCACCUAACUGUCAGGGUUUGAUGCACCUGCAGGGGAAGCCAGUGUGCUCCUUUGAUCCAGAGGGUUUAAUCUUUGCUGCAGGAAUAAAUUCAGAGAUGGUUAAACUUUAUGAUCUGCGGUCGUUUGACAAGGGUCCUUUCGCCACCUUCAAGCUUCAGUACGACCGGACGUGCGAGUGGACAGGACUCAAGUUUAGCAAUGACGGAAAACUCAUUCUUCUUUCUACAAAUGGCGGAGCCCUUCGUGUCUUAGAUGCUUUUAAGGGUGCUGUGCUGCAUUCCUUUGGGGGCUACAACAACAGUAAAUGUGUAAACCUGGAGGCGUCAUUCACUCCGGAUUCACAGUUUGUUAUGAUCGGCUCUGAGGACGGAAAGAUCCACGUGUGGAAUGCAGAGAACGGCAUGAAGGUGGCGUUAUUAGACGGGAAGCACACGGGACCGAUAAGCUGCCUGCAGUUCAACCCCAAGUUCAUGACGUUUGCAAGUGCCUGCUCCAACAUGGUGAGUGUGGACAAGAAGCGUUGCUCGAGUAGAUUCCUUCAUGAUUCCUUUUGAAGCUGCAUUAAGUAGUUAAACACAAGGGGUCUCGAGUCUUUUGUAUCUUAGGGCUCACUUUUGAUUGUUAAAACAUUCUGAGGACCAGCUUCCAGAAUACAUGAGAGAGAAAAACAAAAGAAUGACAGAAAACAUUGCUCCUUUCAGCUGUAAUGGCAAAAAAUACAUAUUGUGCUUCACUGCCGGACGAUGUGAAUCUAAAAUGAAGGGUUUAUUCAGGGUCAUAUUUCCUCACCACACACUUAUCACGUCUCACUUUUUUUUUUUUUUUUUUAAAGAUCCAUUUUGUGUCGCUGCAUGCUUGUCUCCUCGUGAUGAUGUGUUGUGAUUAGCGUGGCGGUAUUCAAACGUAGCUGGUCAACAAAAUUAUGUAUUACUAUGCUUUUUUUUUUUAUUGAGCACAUUUAGAUAUAAAAAUAAGCUUUGUAAAUGACCUAAGAAUAUAUUUUAAAUUGAAUCUAACCCUUUGGCAGUACAUCCGCGUCCAACUAGGUGGUGCUGUGAGACGCAUCAAUAGUGGUUUAAGUUGUUAUGAGAAUUAAGUGUUCAUAACAUGUUGCUGUGAUGUCACUGAACGGAGCAUUUCACAGUAACGAUCUUCUUCGUCACAUUAUUACACUUUUAUUAUUGUAUUUUUCAGUAACACUCUUGGUGCCCACAGUGAGGAGCAUCUGAAACUGUGCACACGGGACACAACUCUGAGUGAAUGUGAGCUUUUCAUGUCAUUCAGCUCAGCUUUCAAUUAUUUCCCCGCUGUCAGCAAACAGGAAAAGAGAUUUAGAGAUUCUUAUAUCUAAAUGUGCGCAGGACAACGUGAAAGUAAAUUUGAUUACUUAGAUACUUCAAGUGUGAAACGUCGCCUCUGUGGAGCACACAAAAGCGCCAGCAGUUACAAAAUGGUUCAAAUGUGACGAAACAUUUUGAAUGCUUUCUUGU